UCUAAACUUCAGUCAAGAUUUGAGGUUUGACAGAAACAUGCUUGCAGCAAUCUCACUCUUAGCAUUCACCUCUGCAGUAGUUUCAGCAGAUCAAUGCUGUGAACAACGGAGAGUUAACAGUGUAGAUGAAAGGGGAGGAGUUUAUUCUCUAGAUGUAAAUCUAACUAUGAUCGCAAAUACAAGUUCAACUCCCUUCUGCUCAAAUAGUUGUAUCUACACAAAGAAGGGAAAACCAGGUCAAUUCUUUUGCUUUGGACAUGGAAGUCUCACAUCAGAAUGCAGUAAAACACCUAGUGACACUACAGGGAUCCUCUUGAUUGGAAAGGGUGAGUUGAAAUCAUGCUUUUUGGCUUAG